CAAUUCGAAGUUAAUGAAGAUCCGGUAUGGACUACGGAUUUAGGGGGGAUACCAGUUCGAUGGUUUCCAGCAAGGUGGACUCUCAAAGAAAGAAAACAACGUGAGAAGUUCCAAGCUACGAUUCACAAGAUACCAGAUUCUAUGACUCUAGCAGCCUUAUGGACCGACCGUCGCCCACAUUCUUUCCUUUCUGCGAUAAAAGGAUUGAAAGGUUUCAAAAUUGUACAAACAGCGAGAGGGGAACGCAAGUUACUUGGUUUUUUUGAAAGGUGGGUUGAUAUGCGCGCAGCAUUAGAAAAUCAGGUAAUUUGGGAAAAUUAUAAUCUGUCAUGGAAUCGGCACGCUCCUCCGACGCAACCAACAAGGUCACAUGGCGGUGACGCCAAUAAGAACCGUAAUCGAACUUCACGAAGUCAGAAGACUGAGAAAACUCAAUCGAAUUCUAAGAAUUCUAAGAAGAAACCAGAAGUGACAACAUCCAAGAAGCCUGAAGAGCAAAUGAAAAAGAAGGACAAGUCCCGUAGUAAAUCAAAAAAUAAAGUUUUAGCGGAAAUUUUAGAUUUGCUGCGUGGUAAUUCAUUUGUUGCUAUGUAUUCCGCUUCAGAAGCCUUCGCCGCAAUUCAAACUAAGAAGUUGGAAAAUGAUGAAAGUUUAACUAUACUAUUACAACAACAAAUUAAAAGCGGGAGGAACUGGAAAGACAGCUGGAAUUUCUACCUAGAAGUUACAAAAAAAGAGUUAGAUUAUGACGCAAUACCUUUUCAACCGAAUUUAGAAGCUGAUGAUGAUGAUCUAAUGGAUGAUGAUCGAGAUUUGAAUAUAAAUCGGCCGAUAGAUAAGUCUUCUGAUGUUCAAGAUCGGACGAUCGCAGAAUCAUCUGGUACACAACCUAAUGUAGAUCAAUCACUUUUGGAUCACAAUCUAAACACAGCCACACCCUUAAUAGUUGAUAUUACACAGCCGCAACAUGUAAUACAACAAGAAAAUAUGGACGUGGAUUUGACAAAGUCUUCGAAGCAAAAAAAGAAGUCGAAUAAAAAUUUGGUUAAAAAUGUAAUAACUGGACAUAUACCUACCGAUGAUGAUACAUCGCGAGUCAGAGACAUUUUGGUGUAUGACAUUCCGAGACAGAGAGACAUUUUGGUGUAUGACAUUCCGGUAUCCUGGACUCCUGAAGAUAUACUGAAGGAACUAACUUUAUGGGGGAAAACUAUUUCUUUACAAAUGAAGCCACAAAGAAAAUAUCAAACGCUCCGUUUGAAAAUAGAAUUAAGUACCUUUCGGUUAGCCCAAUUCGAAGUUAAUGAAGAUCCGGUAUGGACUACGGAUUUAGGAGGGAUACCAGUACGAUGGUUUCCAGCAAGGUGGACUCUCAAAGAAAGAAAACAACGUGAGAAGUUCCAAGCUACGAUUCAUAAGAUACCAGAUUCAAUGACUCUAGCAGCCUUAUGGACUGACC